CCAAUAAACCAUGGGCGUGAAAAUAAGAUUGUAAUUUCCAUUAAAUUUCAAGGGCAUUUCUUUUCUCUGUCAACAUCUCCACCACUAUAAAUAUUACUCAAAAUUGUUUAUUGAUUUGGAGAAUCCAAAGAGACACUAAAAAUCCUGUUGUUAGAUGGGGUCAGAUCAUAAAGUUCAUGUAUUUGAGGAGGUUGCAAAGCACAACAAGACCAAAGAUUGUUGGCUUAUUAUCAGUGGAAAGGUGUAUGAUGUGACUCCAUUUAUGGAAGAUCAUCCAGGUGGUGAUGAAGUUUUGCUUUCAGCAACAGGGAAAGAUGCAACAAAUGACUUUGAAGACGUCGGCCACAGUGAUUCUGCUAGGGAGAUGAUGGAUAAAUAUUACAUUGGAGAUAUUGAUCAGUCAACAGUUCCUCUAAAACGUGCUUACAUUCCUCCACAACAAGCCCCAUACAAUCCAGACAAGACUUCAGAAUUUGUUAUCAAAAUUUUGCAAAUCCUUGUGCCCCUCUUGAUUUUGGGCUUAGCCUUUGCUGUGCGACACUACACCAAGGAGAAGUAAAUCCAUUACAAUCUAAUUUGAAUAUUCAGAAUGCUUUCUAUUUGAAUUACAUAGGAGCUAUAGUAGCUGAACCAUGAUUAUCAGUUUGUAUGUGCUUCACAGUUAAUGACCUCGAUGUUGUAAACAAUAGACUUCACUGGUUAUUUGACAGACGGCCUUCUCUAUUUUGAGUAGUUUCUGUGCU